AUGAACACUGACACCAUUGAUAUUGCGAACAAUGAAGUUGUUUAUGACUCAACAUCUAGUGAUCCACCUUCAUCCUUGGACUGGAGGUCGAAAGGAGCUGUCACUCCAGUGAAGGAUCAAGGAACGUGUGGUUGCUGCUGGGCAUUCGCAUGUGUUGGAGCCAUAGAAGGAAUAGUUCAAAUAAAGAAAGGGAAGCUUAUAAGACUCUCAGAGCAAGAGCUUCUAGAUUGUGUACCAAAUGCAGGUUGUAAUGGAGGAACUAAGACUGAUGGAUUCAAAUGGGUAAUAGGAAACAAAGGGGUUGCAAGAGAAGAUGAUUAUCCUUAUACGGCAAAGAAGGAUGUUUGUAGAUCCGGCCAGAUUUCAAACAGUGCAAAUAGUAAUAUUGAUUCAUAUUAUCUCGUGGAGAGAACUGACAGGGGACUAUUGGGUGUUGUUGCUAAGCAACCUCUUAGUAUUAGUAUUUAUGCGAAGUCUCCCGAGUUUCAACUUUACAUCGGUGGAAUAUUUAGAGGGGAAGAUUGUCCGGAAACUUUAGAGAUAACUCACAGCAUGAAUAAGGAACACUUUGAAAUGAUUCUGGUUGAUAAAGAAGGUUCUGAUAUACACUGCAAAGUUUCGGCUGUAUUGUAG